CUCGCCCCGCGUCCUUCCUCCACCGUGACCCGGGCGCCCCCCACAGAAGCCUUCUCCGCCGCCGCAGCCAUGAUCGGCCUCGUGUCGCGCCUCAACGCCCUCGGGCCCUACGCCUCCGCCUCGUCCAGCGUCGUGGCCUCGCAGCUGAAGGCGCUGGUGGUGCUGCCGAGCCAGGCGGCCGAGAGGGUGGUCGCGGACGCGGCGAGGGAGCGCCUCACCGCCGCUGCGCUCCGGCAGCUGCUGCCCCGGACAGCCGCCAUCGCAGCCUCCUCGAGCCCCGUCGCAACCAGCAGCGUACGUUUCGCGCAUACCGAUGUCAGUGUCCCGGACUACAGUGCGUACAGACGGUCAGAUGUACAAGACAGCAACAAGUCCUCAAAGGACAGCUAUGAAUCCCGCAAGGCGUUCAGCUACCUGGUAACGGGCGCCGCGGCCGUGGCGAGCCUGUACGUUGCCAAGGCGGCAGUUGUUAAGGGCGUGGCCACGCUCAGUGCCUCGGCCGACGUCAUGGCCAUGGCCAAGAUCGAAGUCAAGCUCAACAACAUUGGCGAGGGCCAGAACGUGACCCUCAAGUGGCGCGGGAAGCCCCUCUUCAUCCGCCACCGCACCGCAGAGGAGGUCAACGUCGAGCAGAAGGUGAACUUGGCCGAGCUGCGCCACCCCGAGCAUGACAAUGAACGUGCCAAGAAACCCGAGUGGCUCAUCGUGCUGGGUGUGUGCACGCACUUGGGCUGCGUACCCAUCCCCAACAUGGGCGAGUUCAAUGGCUACUACUGCCCGUGCCAUGGCUCCCACUACGACAACUCGGGGCGCAUCCGCAAGGGGCCUGCGCCGCUGAACCUCGAGGUGCCCUACUACGAGUUCCUCGACGAAGACACCGUCGUGGUCGGAUAAGCCCUUCAGGGGAAUGGCAGGAUGGGGGGAGGAGGCGCUGUAGUACAUGUGCGAUGUGUCAGAGGCAAAUUAAAUACCACUCCCGAGGGUGCAGGCUUGUUCAUUUUACCUUGAAUGCUCAAUUGAAGAAUUCUAUUGCUGCUGCUGUAUUUUGCCGUGAGGUUUCUGGUGUUUUAUUUGCCUUCUGUUAUUCUGAUAAGUGUACGAGAAUUCGGGGGUAGAGACCAGGGAAGCGCGCACUGUCGCUUCCACCAUUAAUCUCGUCACGUUGAUCCCAUGGAUAUGCAUGGCGUUGUUUGUGCCUAUGCACGUGAAUUCCAAGUACUGUAUAGUGUUGAGAUUUACUUCGUUUCCCUAAGCGGUGCUCUACCCCAGCAUUACCGCAAGUGGGCAGCACUAAACUCUUAUUAAUAAAAACCAUCACCUAGUACUGCUACUCAAACCCCAUAGUUAAUCUUUGGUCCUGCAAAAACAACUUCUCAUGGAAUGAGAUCCUAAUAUAUUGUAAGUGAUAGCCUGUGGUGAGUCACUUCAAUGCUACAAUAAAAAUGUACACAUGCGGAAGCCGUCUGGGUGUUUAGCUUUGACAGUGGGACACGUCAGACCUGUGACUCCCAUUAGAACCGUUUGCAAUCUCAUAGACCAUUGGGAUAGCUGUUUCAACAGCUACUGGCAGCGGAGGUGUUAUUUUUAAGGAACUCGUUGGCAGUGCUGCGUUUCAGCGCGUCUGCACAGCAGCUCUGUGGCAUGUACAGUUGUGACCGCUCUGCGUUUUGUUUUAGAAAUUUAAUAAAGGCUACACCCAAUGGCGCUGUC